AUGUCUGUUGUGGAUCUGUCUUGGCUUCCAUCCAGCUGCACCUGUCCCUCUCCAUGCCCUGUAGCGGUGGUGACGCUGAUUGAGGAUGGGAAGAAUAACUCUGUGCCGGCUGAGUCCACAUCGCACAGGUGGCGAGGGCCUGGCUGCCGGCCACCCGACAGCUCCUACAACAGCCUCUACUCCACGUGUCUGGAGCUGUUCAAGUUCACCAUCGGUAUGGGCGACCUGGAGUUCACAGAGAACUAUGACUUCAAGGCGGUCUUCAUCAUCUUGUUGCUGGCCUAUGUGAUUCUCACCUAUAUCCUUCUGCUCAACAUGCUCAUUGCCCUUAUGGGUGAGACUGUCAACAAGAUCGCGCAGGAGAGCAAGAACAUCUGGAAGCUACAGAGAGCUAUCACCAUCCUGGACACGGAGAAGAGCUUCCUUAAGUGUAUGAGGAAGGCCUUCCGCUCAGGCAAGCUGUUGCAAGUGGGGUACACACCUGAUGGCAAGGAUGACUACAGGUGGUGUUUCAGGGUGGAUGAGGUCAACUGGACCACCUGGAACACCAAUGUAGGUAUCAUCAAUGAAGACCCGGGCAACUGUGAGGGCAUCAAGCGCACCCUGAGCUUCUCCCUGCGGUCAGGCAGAGUUUCAGGAAGAAACUGGAAGAACUUUGCCCUGGUUCCCCUUUUAAGAGAUGCAAGUACAAGAGAAAGGCACUCUGCCCAGCCAGAGGAAGUUCAUCUGAGGCACUUUGCAGGGUCCCUCAAGCCAGAAGAUGCUGAGGUCUUCAAGGAUCCUGUUGCUUUAGGGGAGAAGUGAGGGACCCCUCUAGGGUACUCUUAACACUGUUGGGCCUCAGAAUAUCCCACUGUGUAGGGAACAAUAGGGCACUCUUAGCAGCCUCGCCUGGUCUGGGCCCGCCUAGGCACUUGCUUCGCCUGCUCUGGACAAGCUGCGGGAAGCAUUGCUGGAUGCACGGGAAGAGAUAGUUGUCCAGCCCUCAUUGUCCCCAAGUGAGUCUCCACCAAGGAAGGAUUGUGCUCUCAUAUUUUUACUGACUUUGUUAAGUAUCAUGAAUGAUGAAUCUUUGUGUGGACAUAUGUGAUGCCCCUGUUUUAUUUAUUUAUAAUACUAGGAGUAAAAGUAAAUGAGGCCCAGGAAAACACCUCUUAGAACAAAACAAAACAUGUCCUUUGAUGUAAAAUGCUGAAGCCGUUCUCUGUAUUGUGUUUAAUACCUCCCCUGGACAGAGUGGUCUGGGGGUGAUGUCCUUUAGUCGUCAGAGAAGGUGGGGGAGGCUGGCCCUAUUUCCAGCUCUGCCAGAAUCAGGUUUCGCCAGAGCAACUUCUCUUUCUGUGUGAUACAUCACAGUCCCAAACACCUUAGCUCUAUUGCUGUUCAGAUAAAAGUACAGAACCAUGUCUCAAAAGCACGUGGCAAGAGUUUUUAAUGAUCUUCCAUUUAUAGUGACCAUAGUCUUGCCCCCCUGCCGUGGUACAUACCUCUGCCUCCAUCC